AACGCCAGUUCGAGAGUCACUGCCAGUCUCGCCUUAUCUCUUGCGAAGAAGUUACGAAGACGUUAUAAUAUUUCCAAAGCUGUACGAAAAAUUGAUAGUUUUUAAUUGUUUCUGGUAAUCAUUCCAUUAACAAGUUUCAUGCAAGGUAACCCUGAAGCAAGGGUUUAUAAAUUAUGGUUCAGCAAUCCACCGCAAUACAAGAGCAGUCCAGAGAUUCAAUUCCGUCAAACUCAUAAUGUGGCCGUAAAAUCGCCGAUGAGACAACAAAUCGCACCGACCAUAAGGGGUGAUACGAACUCGACACUAGCUGAGCUGCAGGCGAUGGGCUUUAAUUGGGUCUUUGGCGUGUUACUGCACUUUUCGAAUGAAGAACAGCCCAAACAGAGUGGACCGACCAAACAUGAUAUAAGUUACGUGUUAGGGGAUUAUAAAUCCGCCGCAGUACGAUUACGUACAACCGAAGGUCAGGUAUCAACGAGAACGUGUAUCAGUUUAAAGUUCCACCACCUAGUAUUUGCAAAUCCUCUCAGUUAACUGAGCAGUCCAGAAAUUCAAUUCCGUCAAACUCAUGAUGUGGCCGCAAAGUCACCGAUGAGACAACAAAUCGCACCGACCAUAAGGGGUGAUAUGAACUUGAUACUAGCUAAGCUGCAGGCGAUGGGCUUUAAUUAGGACUUUGGCGUGUUACUGCAUUUUUCAAGUGAAGAACAGCCCAAACAGAAUGGACCGACCAAACAUGUAAGUUACGUGUUAGGGGAUUAUAAUCCGCCGCAAUACGAUUACGUACAACCGAAGGUCAGGUAUCAACGAGAACGUGUACUAGUUUAAAGUUCCACCACCUAGUAUUUGCAAAUCCUCUCAGUUAACUAAGAAGAAAAAUGAUAAAUUUAAUUUUAAUGGCAAAUUUAAAAUGAAGUAGUAUCUACUUUACUUGCGUUGCAGUCUAAUAUUCCAUCACGCAAUUAAUUAGAAAUUUAGAGGUAAGCAUAUUUAUCCAACAGUUACAAAUCGUUCGUCCGUCAUCCCACAACGUUUGUCGUAAUAACAACCAAAGAAUUGGCCGUUACGCUUGUAAGUUGUGUUGUUAAUUUUGCUAUAAUUAGACAUUAAGUGAAUGAGUAACCCCAACUGUCUGUUUAAAUGUAAUGUACAUGGCACAUUAUCACUUCAUAUAUUGCCAAUUAAUAGAUUCAUAUUUAACAAAUUAUUUUUAAAAACUCUCUUAGAUUAUAAGCUAUAUGAUGGAGAGACCGAAUUAAGAAAAGUUAUUUCCAUAUUGCAAACCUUUGAAGUCAUACUUUACAUUACUAAUGACGCAAAUAAAAACUAUCAAUUUAUUAGACGGAUGUCGUUGAAAAAGGAGUAUUUGUCCAUGUCACGAUUAUGUAUAAUUGUAUGUAAUAAAAAGAUCGAUUCGAAAA